GCCUGGAGUUUGGGGCCAGACCCGGCGGAGGAAUUGGGGCGCAGGUGGCUGCGCGGUUAUGAGAUGUGCACGCAGGAAGGUUUCCAGGCACAGAGGAGCCAGCUGGUGGGGCUGCUGGUCUCGGGGUCCCUGGAGGGCUUCGAGAGCAUCCUGGACUGGCUGCUCUCCUGGGAAGUCCUCUCCUGGGAAGAGUAUGAGGGCCUCAGCGUCCUGGGCCAGCCCCUCUCCCACCUGGCCAGGCGCCUCCUGGACACUGUCUGGAAUAAGGGUGCUUGGGGCUGUGAACAGCUCAUUGCAGCUGUCCGGGAGGCCCAGGCAGACUGUCGGGGUCCAGAGAUCUCCUGCCGCUGGGAUCCCCAGUCUCCCCACCCGGCCCGGGACCUGCAGAGUCACCGGCCAGCCAUCGUCAGGAGACUCUACAGCCACGUGGAAGGCGUGCUGGACCUGGCGCAGGAGCGGGGUUUCAUCAGCCGGUAUGAAUGUGAUGAAAUCAGGCUGCCUGUUUUCACGUCAUCACAGCGGGCACGAAGGCUGCUGGAUCUUGCGACAGUGAAGGGGAAUGGGUUGGCUGCCUUCCUUCUACGACAUGUUCAGGAAUUGCCCGUUCCGUUGGCCCUGCCUUUUGGAGAUGCCGCAUGCAAGAAGUACAUGUCCAAGCUGAGGACGACGAUAUCUGCUCAGUCUCGCUUCCUGAGCACCUAUGACGGGACAGAGAAUCUUUGCCUGGAGGAAAUAUACACAGAGAAUGUUCUGGAGAUCCGGACAGAGGUGGGCGUGGCUGGACCCCCACCGACAAGCCCUGCUACCCUGGGCCUGGAGGAACUCUUCAGUACCCGCGGGCACCUCAACGAAGACGCUGACACCGUGCUGGUGGUGGGCGAGGCGGGUAGCGGCAAGAGCACCUUGCUGCAGCGGGUGCACUUGCUGUGGGCCUUGGGGCUCCACUUCCAGGAAUUUCUCUUCGUCUUCCCGUUCAGCUGCCGGCAGCUGCAGUGUGUGGCAAAGCCGCUGUCCGUGCAGACCCUGCUCUUCGAGCACUGCUGUUGGCCUGACGUUGGCCAUCAGGACGUCUUCCAGUUCCUCCUUGACCACCCCAGCCGCGUCCUCUUAACCUUCGAUGGCUUCGAUGAGUUCAGGUUCAGGUUCACGGAUCGCGAGCGCCACUGCUCUCCGACCGACCCCACGCCUGUCCCGAAUCUGCUGUUCAACCUUCUGCAGGGCAACCUGCUGAAGAAUGCCCGCAAGGUGUUGACCAGCCGUCCGGACGCCGUGUCGGCUUUCCUCAGGAGGUACCUGCGCCUGGAACUCAACCUGAAGGGCUUCUCGGAAGAGGGCAUCGAAUUGUACCUGAGGAAGCGCCACCGCGAGCCGGGGGUGGCCGACCACCUCGUGCGCAUGCUCAGAGCCACCUCAGCCCUGCACGGCCUGUGCCACCUUCCCGUCGUCACGUGGAUGGUGUCCAAGUGCCACCAGGAGCUGUUGCUGCAUGGCGGGGGGGGCCCAAAGACCACCACGGAUAUGUACGUGCUGCUCCUGCAGCAUUUUCUGCUGCGGGCCUCCCCGCCCGACUCGGGCCCGCGCGGCCUGGGGCCCGGGCUGCUUCGUGGCCGGCUGCCCACCCUCCUGCACCUGGGCCGGCUGGCGCUCUGGGGGCUGGGCCAGUGCUGCUACGUGUUCUCAGCCGGGCAGCUGCAGGCGGCGCGCGUCGACGCGGACGCCGUGGCUCUCGGCUUCCUGGUGCGCACCCAAAGCGCCGUGCCGGGGAGCGCCGCCUGCCUCGAAUUCCUGCACAUCACCUUCCAGUGCUUCUUUGCAGCCUUCUACCUCGCGCUCAGCGCCGACGUGCCGCCGUCCUCGCUGAGACACCUCUUCCGCUGUCAGCGGCCGCGCGGCUCGCUGCUGGCCACGCUGCUGCGCACGGCGUGCGUGCUGCGCGCGGGCCGCCGGGAGGGCGGCGUGGCGGCCUUGCUCCGCGAGGCCGAGCCACACAACCUGCAGAUCACGGCGGCCUUCCUGGCGGGGCUGCUGUCCCGUGAGCACAGCGGCCUGCUGGCCGAGGGCCGGGCGUCCGCGAAGGCCCUGCUCCGGCGCCGGGUCUGGGCCCGCUGGUGUCUGUCCCACGGCCUCCGCAAGCACUUUCUCUCCAUCCCGCCGGCCGUGCCCGGGGAGGCCAAGAGCAUGCACGCCAUGCCCGGCUUCGUCUGGCUCAUCCGGAGCCUGUACGAGAUGCAGGAGGAGCGGCUGGCGCGCGAGGCGGUGCGGGGCCUGAAGGUCGGCCACCUCAAGCUGACCUUCUGCGGCGUGGGUCCCGCCGAGUGUGCCGCCCUGGCCUUCGUGCUGCGGCACCUCCGGCGGCCCGUGGCCCUGCAGCUGGACCACAACUCCGUAGGGGACAUCGGUGUGGAGCAGCUGCUGCCGUGUCUCGGCGUGUGCAAGGCUCUCUACUUGCGAGAUAACAAUAUCUCAGACCUAGGAGUCUGCAAGCUCGUCGAGUGUGCCCUUCACUGUGAGCAGCUGCAGAAGUUAGCUCUCUUCAACAACAAACUGACUGAUGGCUGUGCACAGUCCGUGGCGAGGCUCCUCGCGUGCAGGCGGAACUUCCUGGCGUUGAGGCUGGGCAAUAACCACAUCACUGCCUCGGGAGCCCAGGUGCUGGCCGACGGGCUCAGAGCCAACGCCUCCCUGCAGUUCUUGGGGUUCUGGGGCAACAAGGUGGGUGAUGACGGGGCCCGGGCCUUGGCUGAAGCCUUGGGCGAUCACCAGAGCUUGAGGUGGCUCAGCCUGGUGGGAAACGACAUCGGCAGUGUGGGGGCUCAAGCCUUGGCGUUAAUGUUGGAAAAGAACGUGACCCUGGAAGAACUCUGCCUGGAGGAGAACCAUCUUCAGGAUGAAGGUGUGUGUUGUCUUGCCAAAGGACUUAAGAGGAAUUCAAGUUUGAAAGUCCUGAAGCUGUCCAACAACCGUGUCACCUACCUUGGGGCUGAAGUCCUUCUGCAGGCCCUGGAAAGGAAUGAUACCAUCCUGGAAGUCUGGCUCCGAGGCAACACUCUCUCUCCGGAGGAAAUUGAGAGGCUCCAGCAGAGGGACUCCAGACUCUUGCUCUGAAGCCCCGGGGGCCAAUGUUCAUCUCUGUUUGUGAACGGGCUGUGUGGGUUUGGAUCCCUGAAGCUGGAUUCCACCUGGCGGCAGUCUGUUCCCACAGAGCCUUUGUCCUGCCCAGGGCAGGCACGAUAGGUCACCUCCAUGCUGGCAGAAGAUGGGGCAACCGUGCCCUUUGGAGUACCUUCUCUGCAGCCUGGUUUUGCACUCAGUCCUUCCCAGGAGUCCAUCGGUGGAGCCCUCCGGCCCCACCUCUGGUGUAUCUGACGUGGGUCAGUGGGGCCCAUGGAGAUUACUGGGUGCCUGGGACUGUGGAGACCCAGACCCGCAGGAGCGGCCCCCCUUCCCACCUGCCUCACAAUGGAGAGGGGGACUCGGGAAGCAGCUUUCUGCCAUGUUUUAAAUCACGGGUUGUCAUCCAUCCAGAUGUUCCCCACAUCUGGUCCCUCCCCCCAUCCUGGGUCCCUGCACCUGCACUUCCUCUGAGAGUCAAGACUCAGAAUCCUGGUGUUCUCAGCUUUGAUAUUUAUAGCCUCUCCCCGCCCGCCCCCUAUAUACCUAGUGUGGGAAGGGCUGCAAUCCACCUGCUCUCCUUCCUUAUGCUUAACACACGAUUGAAAGGGGACACAUGACAGCCAUUUGUUCCCUAAGACCUGCUAGAUUUUCCAGAAAAUAAGACCACACACUACGGCUGCUAUCAAAUGCACAAUUUUUUUUUUUGUCCAGUGAAAUCAAUUACUCUUCAGUUAACAACUCCCCACCCAAAUGUAGCUUUUUAGAAUCAGAAUUUUGAACGGUCCCACUGCGUCUCUGGUAGAUGCCUGUGAGUUGUGAUGGCAGGCCCCUGAAAUGGUUCAGCGUUAUGUGAUACGGAGUUACGGAUGAAAAGCUUACAAGGGGCAAAAUCAAAAAGACUUUUCCUCAUGAGGCAGAUGUUUUUCUGGAUUUUUCAGAACAAUGCAUUGUUGAAGCCUCUGGAAACCGUCAGGUGCCACGCAAGUGUUACUAUUUAAGCCUUAUUAUUUGUGCAGACUGGUUAAUAUUUAUAAACCACUGGGUUUGAUUUUCUCGAGUUUGUUUUUGUAAAAAAAAACACGACCGUGAAUUUUAUGCUGUAAAUAGUCACGGGGAGGAAAACGGCUGAGUCCCCGAAGCUGUGGGGGGACUCCAUGUAUUUUUGUGACCAAAAUAUUUAAAGAAUGUUCGUGAAUGUUGUCAAAUAUUAAAGCACAAUUUUCUACUUGGAGGGG